UGUGCGACUCGGGCCGGGGGAGCCUCGUAUUCGGAGAUAUCCUGCGCGGGGCUCAGCCCGACCGAGUCCUGGCCCGUCUGUCGCGGCCCGGGGGAUAUUUGGGCCUUGGGAAUGCGGCAGCUUUCCGUUCUCGGCUGCGCUUAAGCUAAAAAAAACCCAAACCGCCACCGCAUAUGUUGGUGCUCCGGGGUUGCUCUGCAGAAGUAUUUGCUGUAGCUCUAGUGGCGUGCAGAUUCUCGUAUGGAUGGAGCUUCCAAGCUUACAAGCUAAGGGUAACGCAUCUGUACCAGCUGAAGCAGCACAGUAUCCUGGUUUCUAUUGGUGAGGAUGAAGAGGGUAUUAAUCCUUUGGUGAAAGUCUGGAACCUGGAGAAACGAGAUGGUGGUAAUCCUCUCUGCACACGAAUUUUUCCAGCAAUACCAGGUAACAAGCCCACGGUUGUAUCCUGCCUAACUGUCCACGAGAAUCUUAAUUUCAUGGCUAUCGGUUUUGCAGAUGGGAGCAUUGUGCUUACUAAAGGAGACAUCACUCGAGACCGGCACAGUAAGACCCAGGUCCUACACGAAGGCAGUUACCCAGUUACUGGCCUUGCUUUUCGACAGUCUGGCAAAACAACGCAUCUGUUUGUGGUGACCACAGAGAACAUCCAGUCUUAUAUGCUUUCAGUGAAAGACUAUCCUCACCUGGAGCUGGACACUCACGGUUGUGGAUUGCGCUGUUCAUCUCUCAGUGACCCCUCCCAGGAUCUCCAGUUCAUCGUGGCUGGAAAUGAAUGUGUGUACCUUUACCAACCAGACGAACGUGGCCCCUGCUUUGCCUUCGAGGGACAAAAGCUGAUCGUUCACUGGUAUCGGGGGUACCUCAUCAUUGUCUCCAAGGACCGAAAGACUUCCCCAAAGUCAGAAUUUGCUGGGAACGAGGCACAGAAUUCAGAAAAACAAGUCCUGAAUAUCUACGACUUGUGCAACAAAUUCAUUGCAUACAGCUCAAUCUUUGAUGAUAUAGUGGAUGUCUUGGCAGAGUGGGGUUCUCUCUAUGUAUUGACCAGAGAUGGGAAGAUCCAUGUACUGCAGGAGAAGGAUACACAAACCAAACUUGAGAUGCUGUUCAGAAAGAACUUAUUUGAAAUGGCCAUUAACCUGGCCAAGAGCCACCACCUGGACAGCGAUGGGUUGUCGGAGAUUUUCCGGCAGUAUGGUGAUCACCUCUAUAACAAGGGAAACCAUGACGGAGCCAUCCAGCAGUAUAUCCGAACUAUAGGAAAGCUAGAACCAUCUUAUGUUAUUCGGAAAUUCCUGGAUGCUCAGCGUAUCCACAAUCUCACUGCUUAUCUACAGAUGCUCCAUCUACAGUCCCUGGCCAAUGCAGACCACACUACACUUCUGCUGAAUUGCUAUACCAAACUCAAAGACAGCUCCAAACUGGAAGAGUUCAUUAAGACAAGUGAGAGUGAGGUCCACUUUGAUGUGGAAACGGCUAUCAAGGUGCUUCGCCAGGCUGGUUACUACUCCCACGCCGUGUACCUGGCAGAGAAACAUGAGCAUCAUGAAUGGUACCUCAAAAUACAGUUAGAGGACAUCAAGAACUACCAAGAGGCUUUGCACUACAUUGGAAAACUGCCCUUUGAACAGGCAGAGAGUAACAUGAAGCGUUAUGGUAAAAUCCUGAUGCACCAUGUCCCUAAUGAGACCACUGAAUUGCUGAAGAUCCUUUGCACUGAUUACCGUCCCUCGGGAGGAAAUGAAGGCCCUGGGAUGCUGGAAGGAAAAAAGGCUAAUUCAGAGGAGUUCAUCCCAGUCUUUGCAAACAACUCCCGAGAACUGAAAGCUUUUCUGGAGCACAUGACUGAGGUGCAGGCUGACUCUCCACAGGGUGUCUAUGACACUUUACUGGAACUUCGAUUGCAGAACUGGGCACAUGAACAAGAUGAGCAGAUCAAGGAGAAGUUGCACAAUGAAGCCCUCAUCCUCCUGAAGAGUGGAAGGUUCAAAACAGUCUUUGAUAAGGCCUUGGUCUUAUGUCAGAUGCACAAUUUCAAGGAUGGUGUUCUCUACCUCUACGAGCAGGGCAAACUUUUCCAACAGAUCAUGCAUUACCACAUGCAGAAUGAGCAGUACAAGAAGGUGAUUGAGGUGUGCGAGUUAUAUGGCGACCAGGAGGCUUGUCUCUGGGAACAGGCUCUUGGCUACUUUGCACGGAAGGAGGAGAACUGCAAAGAGUAUAUUGCUGCAGUGCUGAAACACAUCGAGAACAAGAAUCUUAUGCCUCCGCUGCUUGUUGUGCAGACGCUGGCUCAUAACUCCACAGCCACCCUGUCUGUGAUCAAGGAUUAUCUUGUCAACAAGCUGCAGAAGCAAAGCCGCCAGAUAGAGCAGGAUGAGCAGAGAAUUCAGAAAUACCGAGAAGAAACUACAAGGAUCCGCCUGGAAAUUGAAGAGCUAAAAGCAAGUCCCAAGAUUUUUCAGAAGACCAAGUGUAGCAUUUGCACCAGUGCCUUGGAGCUCCCUUCAGUCCACUUCCUGUGCGGUCACUCCUUUCACCAGCACUGCUUUGAAAGCUACUCUGAGAGUGAUUCAGAAUGUCCUACUUGCAUGCCAGAAAAUCGCAAAGUGAUGGAUAUGAUCCGAGCCCAGGAGCAGAAGAGAGAUCUGCAUGACCAGUUUCAGCAUCAGCUUAAGUGUUCAAACGAUGGCUUCUCAGUCGUUGCUGACUACUUUGGUCGCGGCGUGUUCAACAAGCUCACCCUGAUCACGGACUUGCCCUCGGGAAAGACGGCUGCUACGAUCGAGGCUGGCCUGCAGCGGGAGCUGCUCAUCCACACCAAGCGCAGUACCUGACUCCAGGCCCUGUGCACAGUCCCUCUCUCGUUGUACGGAGUGCCCGCUGUGUCCGCGGCCACCUGUGUUCGCUGUCAUCCCUUGGUCCCCAAUAAAGCGGGCUGGGCGGGA